AUGGCUGCCUCAUUUGCUUAUUUGAGAGACGUACGUCCUUACAAAACCUCAUGGAGGAUUCAGGUGAAAGUUCUUCAUUCAUGGCGCCAGUAUAUCGCCAUCACUGGCGAGACUCUUGAAUUCAUUUUCUUUGAUGAAAAGGGUAUUAAGAUCCAUGCUAUUGUGAAAAAGGACUUGGUCAACCGCUAUGUCAACAAACUGUCUGUUGGUGAGUGGAAGUUCAUUGAGAAUUUCCAGCUGACUAAUGCUUAUGGUCAGUAUCGACCAACCAACCAUCUAUAUAAGAUGGGUUUCAUUAACGGAACAGUGGUAACUCCCAGUGACCCUGUGUCUGAUUCAAAUUACUUAUCCUUAGCUGAUUUCCAGAAAAUCACGACUGGUGAAGUAAAAGAACACACCUUGAAAGACGUCAUGGGCCAGAUUGUUAACAUUGGAGAGAUCGAAACUAUUGAGGUUAAGGAUAAGCCAACUAAGAAGCUGGAUUUUGAGUUGAGGGAUCAAAGGUGGAACACUGUCGCUUGCACUGCAAUCUUUUUUAAAGUGGUGGAGAGACCAGGGGUUUUGGACAGAAGCCAAGUGAUUAAGGUUGACCAAGAUACAAAGCAACAAACUGGUUGA